AUGCCGACAAUAGGAACACAUCCAUCCGCCCGUAGAAAUUACAGCGGUGGUUACUCAUUCCCUGAGAGCUAUCCCGCGAGUGUUACGAUGUAUCCAUGGUUGGCGCUUCGGCCAGAACGACGAUACAAACUCCAUUCUCCAUACCUAAUAUGCGGAGCGCAACAAGCAGAUCCUAUAUUCUCUGCAUGGGGACUGUAUGGGAAGGAUGACCAGUUGGGCUUCCUGAACCGCCAGACAGAUGCCAUUGUGGCGGAGGCUGCGAAGGAGAUAGAGACGGGAGAUAGAUGA